AUCAUCUUCCAAAUUCGUACAAAUUGGACCAUGAAGAAAACCGAACAUCAGAAAUUCAAAAAUCGAACCGUAACACCAAUCUGGCUGGUACAGAAAUUGGUAUAACUACUGAAAAACAAUCAAAACAAUAA